UCUUCCUGAGGAGGGGGGCGGGGCUAUGGUGCUGUUGUCGCCGGUGAGCCGGGCUGCCGCGGCAAUGUACAACUCCAGUGCCCGCCGUGACAUCAUCAUCAACAAUGUCACGGUGUGUGCCACCCCGGCGGCCACGCUGGUGGCCAGCUUCACGGUGUCCGCCGACAUGCGUACCACGGAGCGGCUCAUGGUCACCACAACGGUCCUCAUGACCAUGCUCGGCACCGCCCUCUUCCUCCUUGGAGUUUCGGGACGCCUCUCGGGCCGGGGCCGCGGCCACUCUACAGCCACCCGCAUCUUCUUCCGUGCCUCCUUCGCUCUCUUCCUCCCUUUCAUGUCCUACAUGUUCUCCCAGGCCAAGAGCAAGCCACCCGACACCGGCAACCAGCCCCGCGCGCAGCUCAUUCUCCUCUGGAUGAUCCUCGUCGAGCUCCUCCGCAAGAAGGUCUACGCCAUGGUUGCCCCAACCACCGAUGCCUUCGCACGCGGCGUCGGCCGCUAUAGCUUCUUUGAUGCCGUCGAGGAGGCUGCACGCAUGGCGUGGAUUGGGUACCUCAUCUACACCUACGUGCAUGGCUUUGGCGUCAAGUCCUUCUUCAUCAUCCUCUGGAUCUUCAGCGUCGUCAAGAUGUGCAAGCGCUCCAUGUGCAUCUACCUUGCUAAGCGCUCCUUCGACCUCGCGAAGAACGCUGCCCUCCUCUCCGGCUACAUGGUGCAGCUCGUCAACGAGCGUCGGCAAUUGCUCCGCGAUGACGAACACGCAGUUGGCGCUGGUAUCAUGAGGGCUUGCAACUAUGCGGUCAUGGGAGAGAGACGGCUCAAGAGGGAGGUGACGCCCCAUGGCUUCAAGAUCCAACAAGAAGAAAUCAACAAAAUUCUCCUUGGAGAUGGAAGUCGAAAUGGGAAGGAAGAGGCCAAAAAGUCCGAGCUGGUCCGGGUAUGUAACAUAUGGGACCUCGCCAAUAGUGACCCCAUCUUCCGGUACAAUUUGAGCAGGAAGCACAAGUUGGAGAACAUUUGCCUUGCCGUCGCACUCUUCAAGCUACUCCGACGGAAGAUGGAGCACUUCCACAUGGCAGAGGCGGACACCCCACAAGCACGUGAUCUCGUCCUCCGGGGACUCCUCGCCCUCGAGGGGCACGAGGACGAGGUUGCCAAUGCUGAGAGGGCUUUCGAGGUGGUGGAACUGGAGCUGAGGUUUCUGGACGAGUACUACCAGGCCAUCAUCCCGUUGGCAUUGUCCAAGCCAGGGCUAUUCAUAGCCAACUUUGUCAUCUCCAUCGUCUUCAUCUUUUUAUACUGCAUCACCGUGCUCCUCGUCACAGGCAAUGGCCACAUCUUCAAGGUGCUAGGCUCCCUCUUUCGGGGGCUCAUCGGCCUGUCCAUCGACAUGGUGGUGCAGUACAAGUGCUUCGUCCACCAAGUGAACUUCCUCUUCGGCAUGGUUUGCUCCUCCUCCGACCUCAUCGUCACCUUCCUCCUCACGCUCACCCUCCUCGCCGUCGAGGCAUAUGAAUUCUUGCAGUACGUGCUCUCCGAUUGGUUCAUUGUGUCGGUGAUGUACACCUAUGCCCGAAAGACAAUGCUCCAGCAGAAGGGGCAUGCCGGGAGGGUCGCCAAGGGCACCCUAUGGGCGAAGCACCGCUCCCACGCCGUCAUCAAGGUCCACCAGAUCACCAUGCUCAAGCCCCACUACCUCGACCCGCGUUGGGUGUGGAUGCUCGUUUCCCGCCUGCUCAAGAGGCGCCUCGUCGGGCUCCCCGAUGCCAUCGUCACCGGUGACACAAAGGCGGCCAUCGUCAAGGCGUUGAAGGACGUCCUCACCCCAAGCUGCGGCAGACACUUCAGCAACGGCAUGGCUACGUUGGAAAGGCAACGCUUCCUUAACCUCAAGUGGGCAUGCGACCCCAAGAUGAGCACCGCAACAAUGAUAGUGGUGUGGCACAUCGCGACGGCCCUAUUUGAGAUGAGGGACAAACAGAAGCACCCUCUCCCACCACACGGCCAGGCUGCCCUGACGUUGUCGAGGUACUGCGCAUACUUGGUGGCCUACGAGCCGGGGCUCCUCCCGGACAAUGAGGCAUGGACGAAGAAGGUGUACAAGGACAUCAAGGGGGAGCUCAGCAGUUUCUUCCAGAGCUGUUGCAAUACUGGUGACCGCCGUGAGCGUCUGGUGAAGUUCGGUCAAGGAGAAGAGGACGAGGAGAAGUCGGCCAUGGUGAAGGGUGUCAAGCUGGGGAAGCAGUUGGAGGCCACUAGCAGUAGUGGUGGUGACUUGCUUGAGGAUGAGAGAGUGUGGGGGAUGCUACUCGAGUUCUGGGCAGAACUUCUCGUGUUCGUGGCGCGCAGGCCAUCGGCGGGCCCGGAGGCGCACGCGCUGGCACUGAGCAACGGCGGCGAGUUCAUCACCCACAUCUGGGCCAUGCUCACCCACGCCGGCGUGCAUGUCCCCAAGAACCACCACGAGGACCAGGUUCCAUCGUGCAACUGCCAUCCAGUUUGAUCACAGGCUCACGAUCAAGGCCCAUCAUAGCCAGUCUCAACAAAUUCAUUGCUUAUUUGUUGUUGUUUGAAAAGAGUUGCAUAAUAAUACUUGUUGUUGUUAUUUAUUUUCGUUUUCUUGAGACAUUUUCUCUGAUUUAUACAAGUAUGAGCCAGUUGCAUAAUAAUACUUGUUGGCGUAAUAAUAUUGUAAUUAGCCAGUUGGCGUAAUAAUACUGUAAUGAGCCAGCUGGCAUAAUCAUGUACU